GGGAUGACAAAGAUAAAGUGGGGAAACUUUCAUUUCACUUGCAGUCACGCACAGACAAAGAUGAACCUUUAAGUGCGCUACCAAACACUGAGUGACUGCUGGGUAAGAUCUGAUAGGAAAUGGUGGACUCCAAGUGCAACACUGAGGAGAAGUACUGGAGUAGAGCUGGAAGAUGCUGCGAUCGCUGCCCAGCGGGAAGCUUCGUGCGAGCCGACUGCGACCACACUGGCAAAACUCAAUGUGACGACUGCAGGCGAGGGCUGUUCACGGCCACCAGAAAUAGCCUCAGUGCCUGCCGCCUGUGCAAGUCGUGCAGUGCCAGCAACAACCAGAUGACGGCGGAGCCGUGCACGGCUGACAAGGACACAGUGUGCAAGUGUGCCUCGGGCUUCUUCUGUAUCGAGGAUUCCUGUGACCACUGUAUGCCCGCGACCUCCUGUCCUCGGGGGACAGGGGUCAAGGUUCAAACAAGGCGAACCGAGGAUACGAUCUGCGCUCCGUGUGGGAAUGGAACGUACAGCAACGUGUCUGACUCCUUCUCAGCCUGCCAAACACACACAAGAUGUGACGACUUGGGUCGAGUGCUAAAAAGUGCAGGAAACUCCACCGCCGACGCGAUUUGUGGCGAGUACAAAUCUGGCUGCUCGUGGAUUUUACCUGCAGGCUUAUGGCUGGGCUUUGUGCUGAGCAUACUCGUUGUUUUGGGGCUGAUGUGCUGGAGGGCCAAACGGAAAUCAUACAAAGCAGCCAGGUCAAAUGUUUCCCUUACUGAGGUGAGGACCAUAACAGAGACUUCGCUGGAACCUGCCCUACAAACCCACAAAACGUUUGAUCAGUGCCAAAAGAGCAACGUGACGGAGGCCUGCCAGUUGACUCUGCUCAACCUGGAUGAAAGCGCCACCAUCUGUAGGACGAAACUCAGCGAGGACCUUUCACUCACCCUAAAGACCGACGGCUCGGAGCAGCUCAACGGGACCGACGCGUACCAUCGGAGCCAAUUGGAGCCGCAGGAGGACGAGUGGUGCGGGACAUGAGCGCAUCAUUGCAAAAAGAUGGCUCCAACUUCUGGAGGUUACUGCCCCCUGCUGGUUAUCUACUGCAACUUGCUGUCAUAAAUCAGAAGCUUGCCAGCACAUUCAACUCUAUAGGUAAAUCCCAUGCUACAGUUUUCCAUGCCUUUUUGUAAAAAAUACCAUUAGACUAUAUUCAAGUGAGGGUCAUUACUAGGUUGAAUAGAAAAGUAGUGCUUUGCCGUCAUCUUAUGGCAUCCGUCGGCAGUUACAAACCUUUCAUUUUCGCCAUUCUGUACUCAUCCCUAAAUGGUGUCAUAUUUUUGGGAAGCCUCUUAAAAUUAAAGCCGAGACUCCAAACUUC